AAUUCUAGUGCAAUGCAAAAACUGUAAAUACAAUAUAAUCAUCAAAAAUAGCUAGAUUGUCUUCUGAUGUUUUUAUCUACAUUUGCGUAUGUAUAUGUGUGUAUGCUAAUGCAUGCAAAUCAUUAAAGUCACUGAACUUUCAAUAUGCACCCUGUAUUGAAGUAUUGAAGAGGAUAUAUUGAUGUGGAGCCUCGAAAAUGUCAGUUAUUGUGGAAAUCGUCUUCAUAUCCACAAGAUUAUAUAAACCCGCGCAUACUGGCUUACUACAGAACCUUUCCAGAGAUUGAAAAAAAUUGAUACACCUGCAUCAUUUAUAGUAGUGAUUGCAGAAAUUUUCGACAUAAAUGAGUAUCUACGAAAUGUUUAAAAUGCAGCAUUGCUAUAGGGAUGUACUUCCAGUAUUUCUGGCAGAUUUUAAAAAGGAUUUUGAUUGCGACGAUAUUGAGGAUACUCUGAGGACAAUAUUGAAAAAAAAGAAGGUUGAUGAUAUUAUGAAUGAGGCACAUCCAUGGCAAAUAUAUCGAUUAUUUUGGACGUUGCGGGACCAACGAAAGGAAGUUGUUGAGAAGUUUGUCGAAGAAGUGCUGAAAGACUCGCAUGGGCCCAAUUACGGCUUUCUACUAUCAGCAAUACAGAAAGAGUGUAUAGAACCCAGCCUGAAUACCGAAAAUUAUAUUUCCAAAGUUGACCGCUUGUAUAAUGACAACCAAAAGUUCACUAAAUAUAAUGUGCCCAGAAUUAAACCAUACUUGCAACUGCAGGAAGCUCUGCUUGACCUAAGACCUUCUAAAAACGUUUUAGUUGAAGGCAACCUUGGAGCUGGCAAGCAGUGGCUUGUCUUAGACGUUUGCUCGUCGUAUAUUGUGCAACGGAAAAUGGAUUUUAAUAUAUUUUGGCUAGACGUGCGAGCGUGCUGCUCACCUGAAAGUCGUUUGGAAGCUCUUCAAUCAUUUCUUUACAUAAUCGAUCACACCCAACAAAAAAAUUGCAAUCGAAGCGAAGUUCAAUCACGCACAGAUUGGGUGAAAUCUCAAUUGACAGAUAAACUGAAGAGUAAGCCUUACAAGAAUUGUCUUCUUGUUUUACGCAACGUUCAGAACAAAGAAACGUGGGAAGCAUUUAAUCUUGGAUGUAAAAUACUCCUGACCACUCGACACAAAAACGUAGUAAACUUUUUGUCAACUAUUACCACGACCCAUAUCACACUUGAAGAUGUCCUUACACCUCAUGAAAUAGAGUCUCUGUUUUCAAAAUUUUUAUCUGAAAACCAACACAAGUCACUUAAGAAGUUAACGCUGACGCUGACGAAAACAAAUCCUCUUCUACUGACUUCAAUCGCAGAGAGUAUCCGUGAUGGUCAUUGUACCAUUGACAAUUGGGAACAAAAAAGCUCGGAAAAAUUGAAUUCAAUUAUAGAAACCACGUUAAAUGUAUUGAAUCCCAAUGACAAGCAACUAUUUAAAGACCUUUUCAUAUUUCCUGACUGUGCCCAUAUACCUCUUUAUCUACUAGGCGUCGUUUGGUCAGUUAAUGACCCGAUAACCGUCGUCAAUAAAUUAUAUAAGUAUUGCCUAGUUAAAAAACAUGUAGACAAUCAAAAUAGGGUGACAAUAACCCUUCCCAGUAUUUAUAGUGAGUUAAACACACAUAUAAUGAAUGAGGAAGUAUUACACAAAAAAAUUAUUGAAUACUAUAAAAUAUCCCAAGUGUUUGAUGAAUACAAUGGACUAUUAUUACCAAAUCUGGACAGCUAUUUUUAUAAGUACAUUGACCACCACAUCAGCAAGCUCAAGAACAAUAUAGAGCGUGAGACAUUAUUUCGUAAAGUUUUUCUUGACUUUCGUUUCCUCGAUCAAAAAAUUCGAAAUGAUUCUACGCCUUGGGAUGCUCGGGGAUCUGUUUUACAUACUUUGCAGGCUCUAAAACUCUACACAACCCAUAUAAUUGAUAGGAAAUCAUCUGAUUAUAAUGCUAAUAAUAAUGGUGUUGAUUAUUGCUGGCUCGUAAAUGCCCUCUUGGAUUUUUUGCUUAAUGCUGAAGAGAAGCUAAUAAGAUCUGAAUUUUCUUGCCUGUUACAAAUUGCAUUAAUGACUGAAGACGGCGUAAUCUAUGAUGAGGCUUAUCGCCAAGUACAACGCUUUCCUUCUUACGUAUGGUUUACUGAACGUGGACGGUUCAACCAGCAUCGGCAAAUCAUUAAUUUGGGCAAGGAUCAGGUGCGCCAUGCAAUCUAUUUGGACGAUGACUACUGCCUGAUGGCAUUAAGCAAUCAACAAUUGUUACUUACAGACGUAUCAUUGGAAGGGGAUAUGACAUAUUUGCUUAGUGAUGACAAGGAGUUGUGUGAUAUAGUCGAGAUGCAUGUAUUCAAUAAGCACAAACAUCUCUUAACGCUGUACAGCAACGGAAGGUUAAAACUUUGGUCACUGCAGCAGCUUCUUCGUCGACGCAGCAGCAAAGGAUCUUAUUCAACUUUACGACCACGUCUUGGACAAGCGCCAAAACACUCACAAUUUUGCAAUGUCCAGUUUGUAAAUAACGACGUUCAACGUUUGACUAAUACUCAUGAGGAUAAAAAAAUAUGUUCCUUUUUUCUUGAGGAGAAGGAUGAUGAAGAAGAAAAUAUCUUCAUACAACUACAUGUCGCUUUUAACAACGGAGAUAUUUGUAUAUGUGACUGGGAAAAUAAGGAAAAAAAAUUCAAACAAUCGCAUACACCAAUUUUAAAGACGCAACAGCGACAGUUGCGAUGUUUUUCAAAAAUUUUGGAUCGAUUUUAUGUGCUGUGCACAGUUGAAUGUACAUUAACUGUUUGGGACCUACGCCGCGGCUCAAAAGAAACAGAAUGUAUAUUCCCAAAUGAAGAAGCUCUUACAAUGGAAACUUAUAUAGAUAAAGUCGGUGAUUAUACAAUGCUGUUGCUAAUAUUUAAAUCUAGCGUUUGGCAACUUCUAUUCAAGCACGCUGAUAACAAUAGUAUUAUUCCUCUUAAUCAAAAACAGCUGCAGUUCUCUGAUGUGGGAGCUAUAUCUAUAGUAUGUGGCAAACUAUCAAAAGACGGUCGAUAUUUAGUUCUUGGAACUAUGCAGGGACUAAUUGUUUAUGACUUAAGUGUUUUCAAUUCUGUUUUGCGAAGCAACAUCAGCGAGCAUAUUAUAUGUUUGGAUAUCUAUGAUUUGAAUAGUCCUAGCCUAAAAUACAUUGUUUUAUGUGGCGCAGCUGGAAAAAGUGUUUUAUAUUUGCACACCUUACGAAAUAUUUCAGGCAAUGAAAAGCAUGAGCUAACAUGGGUCCACAAUUCUAAAAGAGAAUAUGGUCAUUUAAAUGACGUAAAUUUGGAAUUACAAUCCCAUUUUGAACCUAAUGUAUACCUUCGCCCGCUUUUAAUAAAAUCAAACAAUGAUGAACUAUUUACAGUUGACUCCAAGUCACGUAUUUACAAAAUACAUACAGGCGACGGACAAAAACAAAAUGAAUCCUACUGGUCAACGAUCGCAACUCCACAGAUGGGUCAGAGUAGUCAUAUAACUGCUUUAUGCGUUUGCAAAGAUAAUAAUAUUUUUGCUGGUUACAGUAAUGGAGUUAUCUUUAACAUUAGCAAAAACGAAAAGCUACCGCAGGAGUAUUUGUCUGAUCAAAUAGAUUAUUUAAAGAUGAUUAAUUCGACAAUUUUAAUUGCAUCAUCGAAGACUAAACGUUCUACUUUUAUUUUAAAUUUAUCAAAAUUAAACAUGAAUACAACGGGAUCAUCAAUUUGGCCAAUAGAGCUUGCAAUAUAUACAAUGUAUGCUCGACUUUUUAAGGACCAAUUUCUGUUUAUUUUUUCAGAGAAUGGUGUUAUUUACAUAGAUUUGUUAAACCCAAGGAAACAACAAGUGUUUGACAGGCCCACUGACCGAGUGGUUGGAUUUGAUAUAAAGGAAAACCAACUUUUUUUAGCUUUUAGGAAUAGCACAGUUAAGGUUUAUGAAAUGGAUAGUAAAGGCGGUAAAUUAAACUAUAAAUCUGUCUCCGAAAACAACAUAAAAAGUAAAGAUGUAAUUAAUAACUUAAUAGUCACCUAUGACGGUGAAUUAGUUGCCAUUGGAUUUGAAAAUGGACACAUUAAGAUUUAUAUAUAUAAGAAGCAUCGCUUAACAUUUAUUUACACUAUAUCUCAGGGACAUGAGCCGUGUCACUCAAUUAAACUGCGUUUUUCACCUUGCAAGCAAAUUCUUGUUAGUUGCGCGGAACAACUGUGUUUUUGGGACGUAAACUAUAUUCUUAAUAAUCGAGUGACUCCCAAAUGCGGCAGCAGGCGGUACAACCGGGAGCUUGAGGAUACAAGAGGUCGCGAGGAAGUUGAUGCAUCCCCCUGGUCGGACAUCUCAAAGGAUCUCGAAGAACCGACGCCCGUGUCAAUACCAUUAUAUAAGCAUCUGGAAGAUAAGAAAAACAGAGCUUAUCUUUGGCGGGGGAAACGGGGAAACGCAAAGUUACCGGCAUUGCUGACAGCUGUAACAUUUGUAGGAAACAAAGGUUUGCAUUUCUAUACGAAUGUUGACUUUACGCAAUUUUAUGCGUUAGAUAACGAGGGAAUAUUUUAUCACCUUAAGGUAUUGGAGUUUUUAGGUGAAUAUAAACCGAAGCCGUCGAGUACAGAAUUAUUACGUAAAGUUGGUCUUGAGUAUAGUAGUAAUCAGGCUGUAAUAAGUCGGACUCAUGUCGCUUUUAUGGAUAAACAAGGUAAUGAUGGUAUUGAUGUCGUCGGUAAUUCCAAUUCGAAUUCAUAUUUUAUAUCUGCAUGCAAUUCACAAGCUAAACCUCCAUCUAACAUGAUUUGACGCCAAUUGUGCGCCACAUUUUGGCGCACAGAAAACAUAUAUCGAUAUUCCCGGUUAACAAUAAUUGGAUUAUCUUUAUAUUAUUUGGUAAUGUUGGUUUUUUAUUAUAUGUCCUUACAUAAAAAUACUUGAAUGU